GAGCAUAAAAUCAGUCUGCUGAAUGCGCGAUUUUUCUUCUUCUUCAGUUUAGUUAUCAACUAAGAAGCUGGCAACAUCUUCUGAAAUUGAAUACCGAAUUGAUUACAAUUGAUUGUUUGUUUAGUGUUCGGAAGAUUUUCAAAUAUGAAAGUGAGAUGGAAGAAAAUGUGAUAUUUUUUUAAAAAUAAAACUCUGAAAUGUUAAAUAUUACCUGGACAAUGAAAUUAAGAAAAAAAUGUACAAUGUUUAUUUAAUUAUUAAUACUAAGCGUGGCAUUAAUCCUCAAAAUGAUAUUCAUAAAUUAGUUCAUAAAAGAAAUUUGUGCCAUAUCAGAAAUCAAAUCAAACUGGAGUCCGACGAGUUUGUUUACGUGGAGCAUACUCAUUCUGUCGAAGCUAUGUUCACGAGUGAGAUGGCUGAAAGUCAGCAGAGGGAUAUAGUACUGAAUGGAGUUGAGACAUCUACCCUCAAACUUCUCCUGGAUUAUGCUUACACUGCAAGGGUUCCCAUCAACAAAAACAAUGUUCAGGCUCUUCUCUCUGCAUCCAACCUUUUAGAGGUUUUGCCUGUGAGAGAGGCAUGCUGCAGAUUUUUGGAGAGGCACAUGGACGCCACCAAUUGUCUCGGCAUUCACUGUUUUGCUGAAGCUCAUGCGUGCGAGAAUUUACAAAGGAAGGCUAAAGAAUUCACUCUUCGCAGGUUUAGUGAUGUGAUGUCCAGUGAUGAGCUCCUCUCAUUGUCACAAAGCAAGUUCAUUGAACUCAUAUCCAGCGACCUGCUGAAUGUAGAAAAGGAAGAGACUGUAUUCGAUGCUGUUCUCAUAUGGCUGAAUCAUGAUUCAGUCAACAGAAGUGAAGACUUCCAUUUGGUUUUAGAAGAAGUCCGUUUACCUUUGAUGAGUCCUUAUUAUUUGCACGAUUGUGUGGCAACAGUCCCAGCUGUAGCCACGUCUACCCACUGCCAAAAACUUCUUGAGGAGGCCAAGUUGUACAACUUGCUUCCGGACCGCAGACACCAGACAACAUCUGUGAGGUUCAGACCUCGGAGAGCUUUCGGAGUUGCUGAAGUGGUUGUUGCAGUGGGAGGGGAAGAUGACAAAGUUGUCCUCCGCAGUGUAGAGUGUUUUGAUCCAGUGAAUGACAAGUGGUUGACUCUAGCGUGUUUACCUUUUGCUAUCAGCAAGCAUGGUGUAGUCGUCACUGGUCAAAAUAUUCUGUAUGUUGCUGGUGGAGAAUAUCCAGAUGGCCAAGCGAGUAAAUCUUUAUGGAAAUAUGAUCCUAUAUUCGAUCAAUGGCACGAAAUGGCAUCCAUGACUGUCGAGAGAUCCGAAUUAGGUUUGGCUGUGUUAGAUGGUUUUAUCUAUGCCAUUGGAGGAUGGGACGGCGGGCACAGACUGUCUUCUGUUGAAAAAUUCAAUCCCUACAAUAACACGUGGGACGUGGUGCACGAGAUGCCCGUCGCCAUGACGAGUCCAGCUGUGGUGGGCCACGAGGGACAUCUCUAUGUGACCGGUGGAGCUGUUUUUGAGGAUGGUGAUGGUAUUGAUGAAGUUCAUCGUUAUUGCCCACUCACUGAUGCAUGGUCAGAAAUGGCCCAUAUGAUGAUCGCUAGAUCAGGAGCCCGUGCUUGUGUUGUCAAUAAUUUGAUCUAUGUUAUUGGUGGUUGGCAUGCAUCGACAGAGAACACGAAUAAAGUGGAGUGUUAUGAUCCUGUAAAGAAUGAGUGGAGAUUCUGCAAGCCCAUGCUGGAGAGGAGAUAUCAACCUGGGGUGGCUGUGGUCGACGGAAAGAUCUACGUGUGCGGAGGGGAGGAAGGAUGGGACAGAUAUCAUGACACGGUUGAGUAUUUUGAUCCGUCUACGGAUCAGUGGUUGAUAGCAGGUGUCAUGCAGACGGCUAGAAGUUGGUUAUGCUGCGCAACGUUAAGGCUUCCUGUGGACAAUAGGAUAAAGGAGUCUUGACAUUUGGAGUACAGCUACAGCUCAUACCACAAGCAGUGCUCUUUUGGCAAUGCUCUCUAAUUAAAAUGCUAUACAUUCAUAUUUGUUUAGAAAAUUUUAAGGUUUUCUUAUAUCAAUAUAAAGAUACUCUAAAACAAACAUUUUUCCAAAUGCCUACAAUUUCAAAAAUAGGAAAUUGCAUAACUGCCAAUUAUAGUGGAAAAUUUAGUAGACUUCUGUAUUUUGACAGUUUCUCCAGACUAAAUUAAGAAUUAUCUUUGUUUUCUAUUUUUACUUCAGAAAAUUUUCUAAAAUUGCGGUAAUUCCUCAAUAAAUCGCUUUUUUUCAAUUCUGCUUGAACAUUUAAACAAGUAAAGUAAAACCUCCAGGAAAGACCACCUCUACUUUUGGGAGAAUUUGUUCCAUAGAUUUUGUGUUGAAGAAAACAUUUAAGAGUGACCAUCAGAACCUCUGACAGCCACCACCUCUACAUCGAAUGCCGUCUAGUGAGGUAACACAGAUAAAUAUUGCAGCAAAAAAAUAAUUUUGAGUGGCUCUUAUUUAGAGGGCUCUUUUUGAUAAUCUCUAAAAGAGAUCAAAAAAAUCUCAUGUUGCAGUCAGAGUGCACUAAAGAUGACACUCUCAAUGAUUUGUUUUUCAGAGUUGAAAGUUAAAUUAGGUAGAAAAAACUGAGCCUCUCAAACAAAUGAAUAAACAUCUUCUUAUCUUCUCAUUUUUAAAACAAACUAAUUUUUAUGUUAUACAAUUAAAUUCAAACUUAAAAAAAACAUAGUUGUUUAUUUAUUUAAAAUAGUUCUACCAAUCAUAAUUGGUAAAUUUGUUUUUACACAUAAUUAUAUCAGUAGGGGUCGUUUUUAUAGAUGCUAAAUUUUAUUCAUCGAUCCGGUUUUCAUGUCACCAAACACGAGUGGCGUUUCCGCAGCAAGAAAAUUAAACUGAUUGAAAUUCAAAUUGUUUACGAAAAAAUCACAUACCUUUGAUAGCAUUUUGAAGAUAAUAAAGGUAAACCGUAAGAACGACCCACUUCCAUUAAUGAUCAACCAUUUCACUGUGGAACAGAGUGUGAUCGUUCCAAAGAGGUUUUACUGUAAUAUUCCUAAAAUAGGAAACCCUGCUCUUACUAAUUUCCAUAAAAGUUCUAAAAAUAUGCUUCACAGAGCUAAAUUUCAACCUACAACAGUUUUAAAGCCUUUAUUUUAACCCUAACUUAUAAAAUAUAUAAAAACGAAAAAGAUUAGAAAAUGAAGAAAAAAAAGUAGUAUAAUAACAAAGUUGGUAGAAACAGAGGUAGUAUUCAAUAAUAGUUAAAUCAUUGGUCUAAAAUUAAAUAUUAUUAAAACAAAAAUAUAACAUUGUUUGUUUGUAUAUGCAAACUGUUUAAGUUUAAUUAUUUAUUUCUACUUAAUUUAUAGCUCAGU